UAUCCUCCCACGCCGCCAUUUCUCACCUUAAACUUGCUAGUGAUAACAGAAGACUGAGCUGCGACUGCGAGAUUGUGUGAGGUUUGGUUGUUUGUCUCGGCCACGGAAAAUGGCUUGCUCAGCUACAUCAGCAACCGCCCUCAUGUCCUCAAUUCCUAGGGCGUUCUCCGCGAAAUCCAUGGCUUCUCCUGUCGCGAAGCCUUUCUCUCAAACCCUAACCGUUCCCAAGUCCUUCCAAUCACGCGUCCAUCGCUUCGUCUCAUCGAAUCGGAGCUCUCAUUCUCAAAGGAACUUUGUUGUCAAAGCCUCAGCUGGUGAACCUCCACUGGUCGGGAAUGUAGCACCGGAUUUUGAGGCGGAGGCGGUAUUUGAUCAGGAAUUCAUUAAGGUCAAGCUCUCUGAGUAUAUUGGGAAGAAGUAUGUGAUACUCUUUUUCUACCCAUUGGACUUCACAUUUGUUUGUCCCACAGAAAUUACAGCUUUCAGUGACCGUCAUGCUGAGUUUGAGAAGAUAGACACAGAAAUAUUGGGCGUUUCAAUUGACAGUGUGUUCUCGCACCUUGCAUGGGUCCAGACAGAUAGAAAAUCAGGCGGCCUCGGUGACUUAAAAUAUCCACUGGUUUCUGAUGUCACCAAAUCAAUUUCAAGUUCUUAUGGAGUUCUGAUCCCUGAUCAGGGGAUUGCAUUGAGAGGACUCUUCAUCAUUGACAAGGAAGGAAUCAUCCAGCACUCCACCAUAAACAAUCUCGCCAUUGGAAGGAGUGUUGAUGAAACACUGAGAACACUCCAGGCCUUGCAAUAUGUGCAGGCAAAUCCAGAUGAAGUGUGUCCUGCUGGGUGGAAGCCUGGGGAGAAGUCCAUGAAGUCAGACCCUAAGCUCAGCAAGGACUACUUUGCAGCAAUUUAGAGGAGGCUAGGUAGAGGAAGCAAAAUGUGCAGUGAGAGUAGAUCGGAUCUCUAUUCAGUGUGAUCCUCCUGUUAAAUUUCUAUUAGAAAUCCAAACGUAUUAGAGAUGCGAGUAAAUGCUCUUAUCCUGGCAGAAUGAAUCAUGGAUUUUUACGAGUCUU